CGGGAAGCCGGCGAGGAGCUAGGCGGUGGAUGCGAGGGCGCGCGGCUGCAGUGUUUGUGUACUGGGGAAGUGUCAGCUGAUGAACUUGUAUUUUACUUCCAGCUUAAUGGUGUUUAUAACUAUCCCAUUCUGUUCUCCGAAGAAUGAUUUUGUGGUGGAGCAUUCUUACUAACUAAUGGACUCAAAGGAGAAAAGCUCAUCAGAGCAAGAAGGCACGAGAGAGAGGGGCCUGGUGUAUACGUGGCGAGCUGGCUGCUGUUGUCCAACACCAGAAAGACUCCCUGGCUGGAGUGGAAAGACCGUAUUGCAGGCAGCACUUGGAGUAAACCAUGGCGUGCUUCUAUCAGUUGGUGGUGAAGUUUACAGCUUUGGAAACCUUCCCUGGAAAGCUGGGCUGGAGGACACGUGUAUCCGUUGUCCCAUCUUGGAAAAGGCUUUGAGUGGGCAACAUGUGGUGAAUGUGGAAGCUGGCAGCUUCCAUAAUGGAGCAGUGACUGAGAGUGGCGGGGUGUACAUGUGGGGGGGGAAUUCUGCCGGCCAGUGCGCUGUGGCCGGUCAGGCUUCCAUCCCUGAACCAAACCCUGUCAGCAUUUCCGACUCCGAGACUCGCCCUCUGUUGCCCGUCAAGAUCUUGCAGCUGGCCUGUGGAGAGGAGCACACCCUGGCACUCUCACUGAGCAGAGAGAUAUGGGCCUGGGGGAGUGGCUGCCAGGUGGGACUCAUCGCCACGACUUCCCCAGUGACCAAACCCCAGAAGGUCGAGCACCUGGCCGGACGGGUUGUGCUUCAGAUCGCUUGCGGGGCCCAUCACAGCCUGGCUCUGGUUCAGUGCCUCCCUGCCCAAGACAUGAAACCCAUCCCGGAGAGGUGCAGUCAUUGCAGCCAGCUGCUAAUUACCAUGACUGACAAAGAAGAUCACGUCAUCAUCUCGGAUAGCCACUGCUGCCCUUUAGGGGUGGCCCUGGCGGACUCCCAAGCAGAAAGCCACGUCUCCUCCUCCUCUUUGGAAACUGCGGAUGGGAAGAGCAUGACGGGCAGCCAAGAGGAGGACUGUCGGAAAGCCCUUGCGGAAGAACAGGGGCUUGUUGGGGCAGAGCAUGAGGUGGCAAGUGUGUGUUCGGACAGUGACGGCCAGGAGGACAGCGGCAUUUCCAGCCCAGGAAAUCCUUUGCUAAGGGACAGAAUGGCUUCGAAGCCACACGUGGGGGGCCUUCCGGAUCAUUUGUUGAAGGAAAGUGGGGAGAAGCAAAUCAGUGCAGAACUUGAACAGCACUCUCAAGAAGAGGAUCUCAUCGCUUGCUUACCUGGCCCAGCCGGUCCUAGUACAUCUGCCCUUAACAGCCUGGUUGUCUCUUGUGCAUCAGCAGUUGGUGUGAGAGUGGCUGCUACCUAUGAAGCCUUGUCUCUGAAGAAGGUAAUUAACUUCUAUGGCACGACUCCGGGUGAGGCAGCAUCUCCCUCAAGGACUGGUUCUCCAGGCCCAGAUGGGCUGAAAGAGAGCCGAGAGGAGCAGGUCAAGCUGGAAUCCAUGCAGGGGAAGAAGAGUUCCAGCUUGGUGGACAUUCGGGAAGAGGAGUCCGAAGGAAUCUGUCGAAGACUUUCCUUACCUGGUUUGUUAUCCCAAGUUUCUCCAAGGCUCUUGAGGAAAGUCGGACGGGCUAAAAUGAGGGCAGUGGCUCUCACACCAACCUACAGCGGUGAAGCUGAUGCCCUCCUCCCGUCCUUACGAACCGAGGUGUGGAGCUGGGGGAAGGGGAAAGCAGGACAGCUCGGGCACGGGGAUAUCUUACCAAGGCUCCAGCCGUUAUGCGUAAAAAGCCUUGAUGGGAAGGAAGUAAUCCAUUUAUCUGCCGGGGGCAACCAUUCCUUGGCGCUCACUGCCAAGUCACAGGUGUAUUCAUGGGGCAGUAAUACUUUUGGGCAGCUUUGUCAUUCAAAUUCUCCAACCACAGUCCCUCGUCUUGCAAAGGUAAACAAUGCUACACAUGUCUGGCAUGCAGUCGCCGGCCCAGAUUAUUCAUUGUUUCUGGUAGAUGGAGAAGAUUUCCAGCCUUCAUUAUAUUAUAGUGGUCAAGAAGAAAGGAAAGAAGGUGAUGUUUCAUCUGAAAACAGCUGCUUAAAGAGUCCGACACUGUUGCUAUCCUGUAGUAAGCUAGGGUAUAUAAGCAGUGUGGCAGCAGGGGAAAGUAACUGUUUGGCAUUAGUGGAUAAAAACAUUAUGGGCUACAUUGCCAGUCUGCACGAGCUGGCCUCAACAGAAAGACAAUUCUACACCAAACUGAGUGCUAUAAAAUCGCAGGUUCUUAGACCUCUCUUGGGAUUAGAUAACUUAGGCACUGUAUCAGCAGUCCAGCUACUGCAAGAGAUGGCAAGCCUGUUCAGCAAGCUGUGUUACCUGACUGGCCAGCACGGAGCCUCCUUAGCCAGCUUCCUUCAGGGCUCAAAGGAGGCAAAGAACUUGGCUGUCUUGAAGCAUUCGAGCCUUUUUAUGGAAAGUUACACUGAGUAUUGUACUUCCUUGACAAACUUCCUAGUGAUGGGAGGAUUUGGGAUUCUGGCCAAACCAGCAAUGGACUUCUUAAGUAAAAACCAGGCGUUGCUUCAGGGUUUGUCGGAGACAAAUGAGGACGCUUACCCUUUGGUGGAAAUGCUCAACUCUUUAUUUUUCUUGCCUGUCAGACGACUUCAAAAUUAUGCUAGAGUUUUGCUAAAGCUUGCUACUUGUUUUGAAGUGGCGUCUGCGGAAUACCAGAGCCUUCAGGAUUCCAGUGCUUGCUAUGAAUCCCUCGCUCUCCAUCUUGGCAGGAAGAGGAAAGAAGCGGAGUACACACUAAGCUUCUGGAAGACCUUCCCUGGGAAAAUGACGGACUCCUUGAGGAAGCCAGAGCGGCGAUUAAUUUGUGAAAGCAGCAAUCGAGGACUGUCUCUGCAGCAUGCCGGGAGGUUCUCAGUGAAUUGGUUCAUCCUCUUCAAUGAUGCUUUGGUCCACGCCCAGUUCUCAACUCAUCACAUUUUUUCCUUGUCCACACUGUGGGUAGAGCCUGUUUCUGAAGAGUCCGGUAAUAUAAAUGGUUUGAGAGUCACUACACCUGAGGAGCAGUUCAUUCUUAUUUCAUCAACACCACAAGAGAAGGCAAAGUGGUUGAGAGCUAUAAGUCAAGCUGUGGAUCAGGCCUUAAAAGGGACAUCUGACCUGCCACCUUACAUGAGUGGUGGAAAUAUUCAGAGGCAAGAACCCCCCAUUUCACGGAGCGCGAAAUACACCUUUUACAAGGAUCCUCGGCUUAAGGAUGCCUCUUACAAUGGACGAUGGCUCUCUGGAAAACCGCAUGGAAGGGGAAUCUUAAAAUGGGCGGAUGGAAGGAUGUAUUCUGGCAUGUUCCGAAAUGGCCUGGAAGAUGGGCAUGGUGAAUAUAAAGUACCCAACAAAAUAAUGAACAAGAGCGACCACUAUGUUGGAUAUUGGAAGGAAGGCAAAAUGUGUGGCCAAGGAAUCUACAGCUAUGCCUCUGGAGAAGUGUAUGAAGGGAGCUUUCAAGAUAACAUGCGCCAUGGCCACGGCCUCCUGCGCAGUGGGAAACUGACGUCUUCCUCACCGAGUAUGUUCAUUGGUCAGUGGGUGAUGGAUAAGAAGACGGGAUAUGGAGUAUUUGAUGAUAUCACCAGGGGAGAAAAAUAUAUGGGAAUGUGGCAAGAUGACCUUUGCCAAGGCAAUGGCGUUGUGGUGACCCAGUUUGGACUGUAUUAUGAAGGAGCCUUUAACAGCAAUAAAAUGAUGGGGACGGGAGUCUUGCUUUCCGAAGACGAUACAGUGUAUGAAGGAGAGUUUUCAGACAAUUGGACCCUUAAUGGGAAGGGAAUACUGGCUUUGCCGAAUGGGGACUAUAUUGAAGGUACCUUCAAUGGAGAAUGGGGGUCUGGGAUAAAGAUUACUGGAACCUACUUCAAACCCAGUCUCUAUGAUCAUGAGAAGGACCGUCCCAAAACUCUGCGGAAGUUUGGAAUCCUUGCUGUCCCUGCAGACGAGAAGUGGAAAGCAGUGUUUGAAGAAAGCUGGCAGCAAUUAGGCUGUGAGCAGCCCGGCCAAGGGGACAGGUGGAAGGCCUGGGACAAUAUUGCGGUUGCCCUGACAACUAAUCGGCGUCAACACAAAGACAGUCCAGAACUUUUAAGCCGAUCACACACUCAAACGCUGGAAAGUCUGGAGUUCAUUCCACAACAUGUUGGUGCCUUCACACUGGAAAAAUAUGAGAACAUCAAGAAAUAUCUAAUAAAGGCAUGUGAUACCCCUUUGCAUCCUUUGGGAAAACUUGUGGAGACUCUCGUAGCUGUAUACCGUAUGACCUACGUAGGAGUAGGAGCCAAUCGGCGGCUAUUACAGGAGGCAGUCAGGGAAAUUAAAUCCUACCUCAAACGCAUAUUUCAGUUGAUCAGAUUCCUCUUUCCUGACCUCCCUGAAGAGGGCAGCACAGUUCCGCUUUUGGUAACCGAGACCAAGGGAAGGCGAUCCUUCCGCAGUGGGAAAAGUGACUCCAGGCCUGAGUCUCCAGAACCGGGCUAUGUGGUCACCAGCUCCGGGCUGUUGCUUCCCGUCUUGCUGCCCCGUCUGUACCCUCCUCUGUUUAUGCUGUAUGCCUUGGACAAUGAACGCGAGGAAGAUGUUUAUUGGGAGUGCGUUCUGCGUCUGAACAAACAGCCGGACACAGCUCUGUUGAGUUUUCUGGGAGUACAGAUGAAAUUUUGGCCAACAACUGUGCCCAUUCUUGGUGAAAAUAAAAAGGUAUUGCCAAAUACAAAAGACGCCUGUUUUGCGUCAGCGGUGGAGUGUUUGCAGCAGAUCAGUACAACCUUUACACCUGCUGACAAGCUUAAGGUGAUCCAGCAGACCUUCGAGGAGAUAUCGCAGAAUGUACUAGAGACUCUCCAUGAAGAUUUCCUUUGGUCCAUGGAUGAUCUGUUUCCUGUAUUUCUGUAUGUGGUGCUGCGUGCCAGGAUAAGGAAUUUGGGGUCUGAAGUCCAUUUGAUCGAGGACCUGAUGGAUCCCUACCUCCAGCACGGGGAACAGGGCAUUAUGUUUACCACUCUGAAGGCAUGUUACUACCAGAUUCAGCAUGAAAAGCUGACUUAAGGCAUUCUGUUGCCAUCUAAACGGAGGACUCUUUUGAGCAGAACUUUAUCCUUUUUCCCUGCGACAGCACUUAAAAUGGAGAGAGUAUGACCACUCUGUGGAUGUCAUUCAUUGACCUUGUGAAAGGACAGAAAAGCCGUAAAAUCAGCUGAAAAGGAAAAAGACGGAAACCGCAAAGGCAGCUUUGUUCAACAAAGGGAAAAAAAUGUAACCUUUGAAGUGACAAGAUUGAUUUGUUCUUCCCAAAACAGCAGUGGCAUUAAAAUGACUUGGCAAUACCAUCUCCAUGGAAUUCACAUAAAAGCAGGGUCAGAGGAUGCGCCGCUCACUUCUCCUCGUCGCGAAGAGGCCUUCGACUCAUGUGCUGCUGCUGAAAGAUUGUGAUGCACUAUAGAACCACUCAGUGUCUUUCUAAAUUCAGCUACCGAAGUUAAAACAGAAAUGUCGUCAUCGGGAGCCUGCUGCACUUCUCACUCAGAAAGACUUGCAGAAUUCUUUCUGUGUACGUAAAGUUACAGGCAGCAGCUGACGGUGCUGCUUUGCAAACCAUCAAAAUGUGGUUUCAUGGUGGUAAAGACACCGGGCCUGACAGUUCGUGUCUUGUUUGUUUGCUUACUGUUUAAGAGCAAAGCACUAGCCUUUAUAAACUUCAGCACUAAAACCGGUAUUUCAUAUGUUUACAGAACUCGUGGUUUUCAUACUUCUGAGCUUUGGAUGCCCAAGACUUAUGAUGAAUAAAAGAUACAAGUUAUGAAUGGGUCGAAAGUCUUGUGUGAAGCCCAGGUCUAGAUCAAAAUCAAGAUGUAAGCUUAACGUGUCAAGAGACAUGCAGCUCCUAUUUCUUCUGAACUGGCAAAAAACCCCACACUUUUUAAUGCUAUUUUUUGAAGUAUUAUAUAAAAACACACACAAAAAAAUGUCUGUUUCAUUGUUAUUAUGUGUCCUGUUGUGACGUACUGUUUUCUUCGUUUAUACAGAUAAUGUUUGCUGACAUCUUGCAUAAAACAGGUGUUGUUCUUUAUUAUGCCUGUCACAGAUGAGUGGAAGAUACAGAAAAUAUUCUUCUGGCUAAAAUUAACUUGAGUUAGUAUAGCCAAUGCAAAUAACUUUUGGACGUUUGAAUCAUGGCUUAUGUGUAGCUCCUUUAUUUUAAAAAAAUGUCUGUUGGAGCUGUAACUGUAAUUGGAACCAUUUUCAUAAUAAAGAACAUUGCUAAUUCUG